UUGGCGCGGAAUCUGUUGUUUUGGCAGGAGGGUUUGCAUGUAGCGGCGGCCAGACGAUCGCGGGUUACUAACUAACUAUGGCUCCAGUUUCCAACACAGACAAAGACCUGGACAACCCCGAGGGGGCCGCGCAGGACGCGUGUGGCAUCGCCCUGUCCCGCUCUCGGAGGGAGAGGAAGGAGAAGCUGGGCCGCAAGUCGGCGCUGGAGCAGCUGAAGGCAGCGAAGAGGGGCGAGAAGGUCAAGUACAAGGUGGAGGAGUUGAGCAGUGUGUAUGAGGAGGUGGAUGAGGAGCAGUACUCUCGCAUGGUGCGGGAGAGGCAGGAUGACGAUUGGAUCAUCGAUGACGACGGCACUGGCUAUGUGGAGGACGGCAGAGAGAUUUUCGACGAGGACCUGGAGGACGACGCCCUGGGCGAGGGUGUCAAAGGUAAAGGCACCAGUAAAGGCGCGGGUCCGAAGGACAAGAAGAAUGUGAAGAAAACAACUGUGACCAAACCAAACAGCAUCAAGAGCAUGUUCAUGGCCAGCAAUGCCAAGAAGCCUGCAGAGAGGGAUGUUGACCUGUCCAAAGAUGACCUGUUGGGGGAUCUCCUGCAGGAUCUGCACUCAGAGAAACAGUCUCUCCUCACGCCGCCUCCAGUCGUCACGUUGAAGAAGAGGAAACCCCAAGGGGUCCCCAUGAACCCCUUUUCCCUCAAACCCCAGGCUCCCAAGGAUUCUCCCUCUUCGGUGGGGUCAAAGGUCAGGUCUGGGGGUGCAGGGAUCCGACCAGCUCAGGCUGACCCCCCUCCCAGAGCCCCUACACGCCCCCCUCCCUCCCAGGCCACGCCCACCGCCGAAGGCAAGAGAGUGAAGGUGGAGGAACCUGAAGAAGAAGAAGAGGCCACGCUGCAGUUUGAUGAGGGGGACUUCGAUGAGCCCAUGGAGGUGGGUGAGGCAGAGGAAGAGGAGGUGAAGGAGGAGGCGGAGCCUGAACCCAAACCCACCAUUAAAGUGGAGCCCAAGGCUGAACCCCAGGACCCCCUGCUGUGUCGUGCUGGGGGGGGCGCUGAGGACGACGAAGGCGAGCCCGUGGUGGAGGUGCAGGUGGACUCCAGCCAGCUCCCCCUGGUGGAGGGUCCCGACGGGGAGACGAUGUUCCGCUUUUACUGGCUGGAUGCCUUCGAGGACCAGUACAACCAACCGGGUGUGGUGUACCUGUUCGGGAAGGUGUGGAUCGAGUCGGCCAAGGCGCACGUCAGCUGUUGCGUGGCUGUGAAGAACAUCGAGAGGACCAUGUACCUGCUGCCGCGCGAGCGUAAGGUGAACAUCGCGACGGGGGAGGAGACGGACUCUCUGGUGAGCAUCAUGGACUUGUAUCAGGAGUUUAACGAGCUCUCGGAGAAGUUCAAGAUCAUGAAGUUCAAGUCGAAGAAAGUGGAGAAGAACUACGCCUUUGAAAUCCCUGAUGUGCCGACACAGUCCGAGUACCUGGAAGUGAGAUACUCGGCGGAAAUGCCGGCGCUGCCCUCCGGCCUGAAGGGGGCGACGUUCUCCCACGUGUUCGGCACCAACACCUCCAGCCUGGAGCACUUCCUGCUCAGCAGGAAGAUCCGCGGGCCCUGCUGGCUGGACGUGAAGACCCCCCAGUUGAGCAGCCAGCCGGUCAGCUGGUGUAAGGUGGAAGCGGUGGCCGUGCGGAGUGACCUGGUCAGCGUGGUUAAGGACCUCCCCCCUCCUCCCCUGGUGGUCAUGUCCAUCAGCAUGAAGACCGUGCAGAACGCCAAGACCCACCACAACGAGAUCGUGUCCCUGGCUGCUCUCAUCCAUCACAAGUUCCCCCUGGACAAGGCCCCCCCUCGCCCCCCCUUCCAGACACACUUCUGCGUGGUCAGCAGGCCCAACGACUGCAUCUUCCCCUACGACUUCAAGGAGGCGGUGAGGAAGAAGAACGGGAAGGUGGAGAUUGCUGGCACAGAGAGAAUGCUGCUGGGCUUCUUCCUGGCCAAGAUGCACAAGAUCGACCCGGACGUGGUGGUGGGUCACGACAUCUACGGCUUUGACCUGGAAGUGCUUCUGCAGCGGAUCAGCGUGUGCAAGGUGCCUCACUGGUCCAAGAUGGGCCGUCUGCGUAGGGCCAACAUGCCCAAACUGGGGGGACGCAGCGGCUUUGCGGAGAAGAGCGCCACCUGUGGCAGGAUGGUGUGUGACGUGGAGAUCUCAGCCAAGGAGCUGAUCCGCUGUAAGAGUUACCACCUGUCAGAGCUGGUGGCCCAGGUGCUGAAGAUGGAGAGACCCACCGUUCCUCAGGAGAACCUCAAGAACCUCUACAGCGACUCCCAGCACCUGCUGUACCUGUUGGAGCUCACCUGGAUGGACGCUAAAUUCAUCCUGCAGAUCAUGUGUGAGCUGAAUGUGCUGCCGCUGGCUCUGCAGAUCACCAACAUCGCCGGCAACGUCAUGUCUCGCACCCUGAUGGGGGGUCGUGCCGAGAGGAACGAGUUCCUGCUGCUGCAUGCCUUCCACGAGAAGAACUACAUCGUUCCCGACAAGCAGAGCUUCAAGAAGCCCCCCCAGGAGCCGGGUGAGGAUGAGGAGGAGGUGGAAGGGGGAAAGGGGAAGUCGAGGAAGGUGCGGAGGAAGGCUGCGUACGCCGGUGGGCUGGUGCUGGACCCCAAAGUGGGGUUCUAUGAUAAGUUCAUCCUGCUGCUGGACUUCAACAGCCUGUACCCCUCCAUCAUCCAGGAAUUCAACAUCUGCUUCACCACUGUGCAGAGGGAGGGGCCAGGCACAGAGAAGAGCUCUGAGGAGGACGACCCAGAUGAGAUCCCGGAGCUGCCGGACCCGGAGCUGGAGAUGGGGAUUCUGCCCAAAGAGAUCCGCAAGCUGGUGGAGAGGAGGAGGCAGGUCAAGCAGCUGAUGAAGCAGCAGGACCUGCACCCAGACCUGUACCUGCAGUAUGAUAUCAGGCAGAAGGCCCUGAAGCUCACUGCUAACAGCAUGUACGGCUGCCUGGGAUUCUCCUACAGCCGCUUCUACGCCAAACCGCUUGCUGCACUGGUCACUCACAAAGGCCGAGAGAUCCUGAUGCACACCAAAGACCUGGUACAGAAGAUGAACCUGGACGUGAUCUAUGGAGACACAGACUCAAUCAUGAUCAACACUAACAGCAGCAACCUGGACGAGGUCUUUAAGCUGGGCAAUAAGGUGAAGAGUGAGGUGAACAAGCUGUACAAGCUGCUGGAGAUCGACAUCGACGGCGUCUUCAAGUCCCUGCUGCUGCUGAAGAAGAAGAAGUAUGCAGCUCUGUGUGUGGAGCAGAUCGCCGACGGACGCUACACCACCAAGCAGGAGCUGAAGGGCCUGGACAUCGUCCGCAGGGACUGGUGUGAGCUGGCCAAGGAGUGCGGCAACUACGUGAUUGGGCAGAUCCUGUCGGACCAGAGCAGAGACGCCAUCGUGGAGAACAUUCAGAAGCACCUGAUCGAGGUGGGGGAGAAGGUGGUGAACGGGGCCUUCCCGCUCACACACUUCCAGAUCCACAAGGCCCUGACGAAGGACCCUCAGGAUUACCCGGAUAAGAAGAGCCUGCCGCACGUGCACGUGGCGUUGUGGAUCAAUUCGCAGGGGGGGCGGCGUGUGAAGGCGGGGGACACUGUGUCCUACGUCAUCUGCCAGGAUGGCUCGAACCUGGGCCCCAGCCAGCGGGCCUACGCCCUGGAGCAGCUGCAGAAGCAGCCCAACCUCUCCCUGGACACGCAGUACUACCUGUCCCAGCAGGUGCACCCUGUGGUGUCCCGGAUCUGCGACCCCAUCGAGGGCAUCGAUGCUGUGCUCAUCGCCACGUGGCUGGGCCUGGACCCCAGCCAGUUCCGGGUGCAGCAGCAGCAGCAGCGGGAGGACGAGGCGGACGCCCUGCUCGGAGGCCCCGCCCAGCUGACAGACGAGGAGCGUUACCGUGACUGCAAGCGCUUCAGCUUCACCUGCCCGCAGUGCCACACCGACAACAUCUACGACUCUGCGUUUGAGGGAGCGGGAUUGAAGAUUGAGCCCAGUCUGAUGCGUUGCUGUCAGAUCUCAUGCGAAGGACGACCCAUCGAGCACCUCGCCCAGAUCAGCAACAAACUGCUGCUGGACGUCCGCCACCACAUACACACCUACUACAGCGGAUGGCUGGUGUGUGAGGAUCAGGCCUGUCAGAACCGCACUCGUCGGCUGCCGGUGGCGUUUUCUCGGACCGGGCCAAUCUGUCCCGCCUGCAGCAGGUCCACCCUGCGCCCCGAGUACUCUGAGAAGGCUCUGUACAACCAGCUCUGUUUCUACCGGUUCAUCUUCGACUGGGACUAUGCUUUCAACAAGAUCCUGCAACCCGAAGAGAAGGGUGUGUUCAGGAUUGGCUGGAAGGCGGAGAAGGAGGCGUACCGCAAGCUGAAGGAGGUGACUGAGCGCGCCCUGGCCAGCAGCGGGUACUCCGAGGUCAACCUCAGCAAGCUCUUCCAGGCUUUCACCUCACUGAAGUAACCGCCCCCAGCC